AAUUUGUAGUAUUCAUCAAAGAACAAGUGGGUUUGUUUUGUGUGAUUCGUGAUGGGUCUCUCAAAUUUUCCGAGUGCAUCGGAAGGGGUGCUUCCGGUGCUGGUGAUAAACACGGUUCUCUCGGUGGCGGUGUUGAAGAACAUGUUCAGAUCCAUGCUCCAAGUUGUGGGAGGAAGUGAAAGUCAAAGUCAAAGUGACGGUGAGAACACCGAAGAAGAGUGUCGUGAAAGUUCACGGGAAAGGAGGGUGUCGAUAACUCAGUACAAGGCAUUGCGGAAGGACAUGGGGAGAAGAAGUGUGAGGAUGGUGGAGUGCUGCGUUUGUUUGUGUCGUUUUGAAGGCAAUGAAGAGGUUAGCGAGUUGCCUUGCAAACAUUACUUCCACCGAGGUUGUUUGGAGAAAUGGUUUCAUAACAAACACUCCUCAUGUCCCUUGUGUCGUUCCAUGGAUUAGUUCACACACAUACUCUUCUUCCUCCUGUAACCUGUUACGUAGCAGAGUUAGUUCUUGUUCUUGUAACCUGUUACGUGUGUGUAUAUAUCUAAAUUUCUUUACUUUGAUAUGUAAAGGUACUGCAACCAACUCAGUUCCUCUGUGUCUAGUUUUUAUGGAACAAAAUGAGAGAUGGUGUUGCUUUUAAUUACUUGCUUGCUUUUGUAAGUGACAGUGCUUCAAACUUGAGAGUUCCUUUAAUUUUCACUA